AAGACAGACAUUUUUCCUUUGAAGAUCUUCAAAAUACUCAUCGUCAUCUCUUCACCUCAGCUCUCUAAUUGGUUCAACAAGUGCAGAGAACACCAUAGGUUUGAAUAUGGUGUAUACAUACACCCCAGCUUACUAUUCUUCCCUCCACGACACCAUUACCUCCCUCUGCAAAAAUAUCCUUCCUUUCUCCUUCAAGAAGAGGCGCUUACUGGCUAGCGAACAAAAGCUCUCCAAGCAGCAAUCGGAAAAUCUCAAAUGGCAGCAGGAAUCCUUCCACCGGAUUCUUAACUUGAUUGGUCUCCAGAAGGAAGGAAUUGUACCAGAAAGCGAGGUUUCGGGCUUCAGAUCUCACCUCCUUGACACACUCAUCGCGUCUCCAGCUAAUCAGGAACAGCCUCCAAUUCUCAGAGAUAAAUUGCUUUUCUUGCAGGAGCUGUUUUACGCAAAAUGCAUCUCUGAGGAGGAGUAUCAUUCUUCAAAGAGGCCUCUGUUGCAAAGACUAGCCGUUCAAGGAGCUGAGAUUGAAGCCCGAGAUGUAAUCGUUGCUGGGCAGAUCAGUAAUUCAGAAGAAGAGUGGUCAGUAAUUGAUUUGAAAGAGGACCAGUGCUUGAUGGAUCAGGAAAGCUUGCCUCUGAAAAACAAGCCCAAGCACAGGUCCCCAGUGAAACAGAUCAAAGGAGCUGCGUCCAUGAUCAACUUUGUCUCGCCUUAUAAAUCUGGAAAGAGUAAGGGGAAGGGGGGAACAAUGGAGAAUUUCGAUCCGAAUAUCAUUUCCACUGGCUCCUCUGCAAACGAUACAGAAAAUCCAUUCUGGAAUAUGUCAUCAAAUGAGAGUGAUACUCGAUCAAUUCUCAUGUCUGAAAGCUCACCCCUGCACCCCAUCAAGGCUGAGAAGGACAGGAUCAGCACUGAUAAGGCAAGGAAGAAACCCUUCCGUACUCUGUUUCUGAAAGAACACAAAGAGGAAAACAGAGGUGAUCCUAUGCCCGACCCUGAAGAAAGGGCAACAAAAUCAGCUAAGAAGCAAUGGGGAUUUGAUGGGUUUAAGAAAUGGAAAAGAAGUCAUUCUGAGGAUGAAACUACACCUUUAUCCCUUGGGGAGAAGUCGGAUGAGCGAGCUUCUUCAAACCAUUGCCCCUUGGUUUCCAGCCCCAUUGGGGAGGGUCCAGACACCAAACUGAUUAAGAAGAAGAUACAUUCGGAUGGAUCUGCAUCAGAUUUUUUCAUCGACAAGGUUUUGGGAGAGAACAUAAAGAAGGAGCUGUCAAGAAUCCAAGCAGAACUCUGCACCACCAACCCAAACCUUCAAUUCUCGAACGAUCAAAUAGAUGCAAUUUCAACUAGGCUACCAGUAGAUAAAGCUGACCUGAAAAAAUUCUUCCCCAAGUCAUGGUGUGAUCGAUAUGGGGAGAUCGUCCUGGAUGUAGUGAAGAAGGAAUUCAAAGAUCAUGUAGGUGAGAUGGAAAACCAGAGAAAUGUAGCCAGAGAGAAGCAAGGAAGCUCAGGGAGAUGGGUGACAUUCGAAGAUAACAAUGAGAAUUCUCAUCCAAACUUGUUUCUUUGACUCAUGGGUUGUCAUCGGUGGGAUGGCCACCCAAAAGUUUCAUUCCCAUAUUUGUUUCUUUGAUAUAUAUAUAGUGUGUGGCUCCAUUUGCCAGACGCAAUGGAUUGUCUCCAAUCUAUCUAGCAGAGUACUUAAUAAUAAUAAUUUCUUAUUUUGUGUA